AUGCCAUCACGAGCAGUUCCUGGCUGGCCUCAGCAAGGAGAGGACGCUCGUCUUGAAGCCAACAUGAGGCACCUGCUCCCCAUAGCUCUUCUGCUCCUCCUCUCUGCCUUUUAUGGGGUCAUCUCAAGCACUCAGAGUACCCAAGGAACAUCUUGGUAUAGUUUAAGGGUGCCUAACGCCACACUUAAUGAUCCCGGCCACGCUGUCCUGCAAAAUGCUUCAGUAAGUUUGCUGCAGUGUGCAGAACUUGCCAGCCUGACUUUUCCAGAUGGAAUUUUCUGCUACAUCAACAGGAUAUGCAGCCUCCAUGAUUUGCAGGUUGAUAGGACCAUUGACGGAUGCUUGUAUGUUAGUAACAUCUGCUACAUGCAACAACAUCCAAAGCCCUGUAAUUCCUUCGCUGUGGUGUCCGGACUGGAGGAUUUGGGUCGCUUACUUUUGCCACCCAACAUUAAGAUGGCGUUUGAUGCCUCUCGAUCGUUCUGUAUGUGUCUAGGUGGAGACCUGCUUGUGGCGCCUACAGCGGAUGCCUUCCUGCGUCUAGCAGCGUAUUACACCCAAACCAGUACCUGUGGCAGCAUCCAUGUAUCCAGGAGCAAUGUGGAGAGUGUGGCUAGCGCCUUCCUGGAGAGUCUGGACACUCUGGCGUCAGAGAAGUGCAGCAAGGUGAUGCUCUCUCAGUGGCAGCAUCAUCUCAGCCUCCCGGAUGCUGAGGAGGAGGCCACGCUGCCCCACGACCAGUGGCAGAAGGAGAUGUGGCAGGCAGCGCAGGUGUUUAAGGAGCACUUAGGUGAGCUGCCAGGGCACCUCACAAGACAGUUCCAGUUGCUCUCCAUCCUGGGCACAGCCGCCUUGCCCGACGACGAACUGGCGAAGAUACGCGCCAUCAAGUCAAAGAUGCUGGACGUCUAUAACACCGCCAAGACCUGUGACUUCAAGAACUCGACCAGGUGUGACCUCAGCCUCAAACCAGAGCUGACUCAGAUCAUGCAGGAGAGCCGGGACUACGAGGAGCUGACACAGGCCUGGCAAGCUUGGCGGGACAGCUCUGGCAGGAAGAUGAACGGUCUCUACAGAGAGUACACCCAGCUGGCCAACGAGGCCGCCAAGCUCAAUGGAUUCAACAACAUGGCGGAGAUGUGGCUGAUUGAAUACAACGAGACAGGAACCUUUAUGGACAAUGUAGCAGACAGUUACAAGCAGCAGAUGCCUCUCUACAAGCAGCUGCACGCCUACGUCAGGAGGAAACUACGAGAGGUGUAUGGGGCCGAGCGGGUGACGGCCCGGGGGCCCAUCCCGGCCCACCUGCUGGGGGACAUGUGGGCUCAGAGGUGGGACCACAUCUACCACUUGGUGGCCCCUUACCCGGCCAGGAAGUCACUGGACGUCACGGAACAGAUGCGGAAGCUGGGGUACACACCGAAGAUGAUGCUGGAGGUGGCGGACGACUUCUUCGCUUCAAUGAACCUGACACGGCUGCCUGAAGCGUUUUGGCAACAUUCUAUCCUUGAGAAACCCGCCAAUUCCCUGUGUCACUCUUCUUCUUGGGACUUUUGUAACGGCAAGGACUACAGAAUCACAAUGUGCACGGAGGUUUCAAUGUCAAACUUGAUUUCCAUCCACCACGCCAUGGGCCGCACACAGUACCAGAUGCAGUACAAGCACCUGCCUUUGGUAUUCCGGGGGAGCGCCAAUCCUGGGUUUGGGGAAGCGGUUAGCCACGUCCUUAGUAUGAGUCUCUCAACCCAGACACAUCUGAAGAAAAUUGGUCUUCUGAGCCACCUCAAGGAAGACCGAGAAGCCGAGAUUAAUUUUCUCCUGAAGAUUGCCCUGAAUAAGAUCGCGUUCCUGCCUUUUGCCUUCCUGGCUGACAUGUGGCGGUGGGAUGUCUUCAACGGGGACAUCCCCCACACACACUGGAACUGUGCCUGGUGGCAGCUGAGGUUCCAAUUGCAGGGUAUGAAGCCCCCAGUUCCACGGAGCGAAGAGGAUUUCGAUCCAGGAGCCAUGUAUGAAGUGGCUGCAGGCGUUGAUUACAUCAGGUAUUUCGUAGCUCACGUAUUGCAGUUCCAGAUCCACAGAGCGCUGUGUAUCAUAGCAGGAGAAUACAACCCGCUCCAUUCCUCCAAACCACUCCACGAAUGUGACCUCUACCACUCCACCGAAGCUGGCAACGCUCUCCGGGCCAUGAUGCAGCUGGGAAAAUCCAAACCCUGGCCAGAGGCGCUGGAGGCGGUGACGGGCCAGAGGGAGAUGAACGCCUCCGCCUUGACCGAGUACUUCAGGCCCCUGCAGGAGUGGCUGACGAAGAACAACCAGAAACACGGAGAGUUUAUUGGCUGGGAGGCUGCUGCAGAGCUAUAUGGAAAAACAAAGCAACAAGCGAUGAUCGACUGGCCAGGUGUAAAGCUAUAUCACACAGCUUCAGCUAGCACUCUGUGGCAAGUAGCCAGAUGUAAAGCUAUAUCACACAGCUUCAGCUAUCAUUGUGCUAAAGAGGAGAGUUUUGAGAGGUGCAACAGCCUGUUGGACCAAGUUAUCACAAGUAGAGCCUGGUCUCAGGCAGUAGAAGAACUCCCGAGACCCUCUCUAGGCAAGAUCCAGGUAAGAUCAAAUGCAGCGGAGAUACAAAUCCAUCAGAGCCCUGUCUUGUCCGAUGGAAAUCAAUCGUCAAUACAUCAUGAGAGCGAUCAGUGUCAGGCAGUGCAGAAUGCGAAGUCGCAGCCGGGAGUCCGAACACGGGAUAUGGACCUGACAUGCUGUUUGAUUGAUCUGGAGGAGAGGAAAGGCGUAUGUGUUAAGAAUAUGAAGAAGCACUAA